AUUGCUCAAUAUUGACCAAUCGUGGGCUCCACAGAGCUUAAAUAACACAUUCCGGGGUCAUUAUCCUCAGUCUCUGCAGAGAACAUUUCACGAUGAAAUAUCUUGUGGCGAUUGUGUUUGGUUCUAUAACCCUUGUGGCAGUAUGUAAAGCAUAUUGCUGGCAAAGCGAGCCAGAAAAGGUGGAAAGUGGUCAGCAUCCUCCAAAAGGAUGUUUCUUUGAAGGGAAAUUACAUGAACUUGGCAGAGCGUUUAGGACAGAGAGUUGUUUGGACUGCCAUUGUGAUUUGUAUGGAGGAUUCAGCUGCUGCACUGCUUACGGUAGACCAGUCGGUUAUGACAAGAAGAAAUGUAAGUUCGUCUUUAACAAACAGACUUGUUCCUACGACCUGGUACCAAAUAAGGAUCCAACAAAGAAGUGUGAAGAGUAUGCAAUGGUGGGAUAAACAUUAAACAUGCUGCCUACACUACCCAUGUCCAGUCUCAUCUGUAGUGAUUGAAGACUCUAUACUGUAUGUGUUGUACCAAAUGGUAUAGAAUACUUUAUAAAUAAAGAACCAGUAUUCACAAACA